AUGGAGCCCAAUAGCCUCACCCUCGCCCUCGCCCUCGCCGGAGUUCCCCAAAUCUUCGUCAGCUGCGUCGAAUGUUUCCAGUACAUCCAGUUCGGGCGCGAGUUCGAAGGCGCUCUGCAGAUCAACCUGUGCAAGCUUGAAGCCGCAGAGAUGCGGCUUACGCGCUGGGGCCGCGCGAUGGGUAUUAACGGAGCCACUAAAAAGCUUAGCGAGCACGACUACGCCGAAGACGAUAUCAUCAAGGCAUAUCGCUGGCUCGAACAGAUCAGGUGCGCAUUUGACGAGACGGAGAAGACAUCAGAGCGAUAUAGGGACACACGUACGGCCAAGGACAGAAAUAACGCGAAGCUGCAGAUCCUAGAUAAAGGCACCCAGACAACCGACCCCGCAGACAACAUUCUGAGCUCUUUGCGCACUAGCAUACACCGCGUCAACGAGGAACGCGUUCAAAUCCGCAAGCGAGAUCGCGUGGCCUGGGCGCUCUACCGGAAGGGCCACUUCGAGACUUUGCUGGAGACAAUCAACGACCUCAUCAGCGACCUGGUGGAACUCUUUCCGGGAGCCGUCGACGAGCAGAAGCGACUUUGCCGGGAUGAAGAAGUGCAGGGUCUCAACGCUGGAGAACUGCAGGCCCUAGAUGGGAUUCUAGGGCGGGAGCUGGAAGAUGAUGUUUUCAAGGAUGUUUUGGGAGAACUGACCCUCGCUCGGCCGGACUCGAACUUGUUCUUUGAUAUCCAUGUCCAGGACCACUUCCGCGGCCACUUUGGGGAUCAUUUUGGCGAGGCGGAGAGGAGUAGAGCUGGGGUUUAUGCUAAGGUCAGGGUUGGUGGUAGUGCGGUUGCGCACUUUGGGGGUAAUUUCAGUGUUUCACCUAAGGCAUCGGGGCUAGGUGACUGA